AUGAGUGCUGGCUGUGAGCCGGGGCAGAGCCCUUUUGAGGGUGGUGGUAGUAGUGGUGGUGGCAGCGGAGGUGGUGGGGCUGGAGCCCCAAGGAGAGCCCGAGCCCAGCGUGGGGGCGAAGCCCAGGGCCAGACCAGCGAUGACAUGGAUGUCAACAGCAAUGGCUCCAGUGGCAAUGAGUCACAUGGUGACUCCCACAGCAGCUCCCACAGCAGUGGCAAUGGCAAAGACUCAGCCCUCCUGGAAACCACCGAAAGCAACAAGAGGUAAGGAAGUGAUCGGGGUUGCAAAGGUUUGGUAAAGUGGUCUCUUAUGGGACCGACUUGGGCUAGUCCAUUCUGAUGCAAACUUUUGAAUUUCAUAGAAUGUUUUUGUUUGCUGCCCAAGCAAGCUAAACUCAUCUGUCCCCCUCAUCUCUCUGCAGCUCCAACUCCCAAAGCCCAUCUCCUCCCAGCAGCUCUGUGGCCUACAGCCUUCUCAGUGCAAGCUCUGAGCAAGACAACCCAUCAACCAGCGGCUGCAGGUAAGCAAGGACUGGGCAGGAGGAACAUACUUGGGUUGGCACGGGGGGAACAAAAGUCCAGUAAAAUGCUUCAAAAUUGACAGCUGAAAUGAGUUUUCUGAAAACUCAUGGCCGUUUCUGAGAGCUCUUUCCUGGGAUAACACAUAAUGAAGAGGGGGAAUUCUGUCACACAAGAGCCAUAAAAUCAAUUGGGGAAAAGGGGGGGAGCCAUUUUGUAUGUGGCUUUUAGUCAAAAUCGAUAUAUUUUACUUCCUUUAAAAAUACAACUGGCCAAGGUAUUUUGAGUUGGUUCCAUUUCUAUUGGGCACUUGGAAAAAGAUGUGUAGUCAGUUCAGCCAUUCAGUGCAACUCCCUCCCCAAAGGAGCUCUGUCUGCUUUUUGCAGCUGACUUAACCCCUCUUUGUGUGUUCCUUGUACCACUGCAGCAGUGAACAGUCUGCCCGUGUGAAGACUCAGAAGGAGCUCAUGAAGGCCCUGAAGGAGAUGAAGAUCCGGCUGCCCUCCGAGAAGCGCAGCAAGGGGAAGUCAGGGACUCUGGCCACCCUGCAGUAUGCACUGUCCUGUGUGAAACAGGUGCAAGGUGCGUUGUGUGACCUUUGUGUGUGUGUGUGUGUGUGUGUGUGUGUGUGUGUGUGUGUCUGUAUUUAUGCUUUGCUGACUUUGCUGUAAACCACAGCAGCACAGACUUAUUUGCCAACUGCCUCAGUAAAGGUCCCAUUCUCACCCAGCCCCUCAAGUUAUUCCCCUUAUUUGAGCCAGAAACCUCUGCCAGGAGUCUAGGAUUACUGAGGCACAUAGGGCCAUGGGCAGGCGUUUAUUUUAUGUGUCCCUGUUGGCAUGACGAGCACAGUAAUUUCCAUGUGGUUUGCACAGUGUGUUGUGCCUGUAGGCUUCUGUGUAAGGGUGAUGCACCUGGUUUUCUUUCCCACAAAAGUGUGGGUCCAGGUGCGAUCCUGUAGAAUAAAAGCGCCCAGCUGGUCACACGUAAAGCGAGGGCCUUUUGCCUUCCAGAGCUCUGUAGAUCUCUUGUUAACAUUCUCCUCCUCUUCCUUCCCCCUUUCCAGCCAGCCAGGAUUACUACCAGCAGUGGACCAUUGAUGACAACCAGCCCUGCAAUCUGGACAUGUCCACCUACACUAUUGAGGAGCUGGAAAGCAUCACCUCAGAAUACACUCUCAAGAACCCAGUGAGUAUUCUGCCUUGUUCGUCACACCCAGGCCUUUCCUUCUCGCUGUUCAUUUCGCCGCUGCCAGAGAAAUCUUGCCUCUCGUUAAAGAAGUGCUCUUGACUGGCUUUCCAGUGUGCACACCCGCUUCCCCAGUGCUUUCAGCAUGGACACUGCAAUCCAGCUGGGUGCUGCCAGCUUCAGUAUCUCCAUGCGUAUUUAAGGACCAAGCUGAACCCAGUACCCUAUCUUCCUUAGCAGAGGCCAGCCUAAAGCUUCCAGGCACCUCUUGAGCAGGGCACAAAGGCAGUGGCCUUUCCCUGUUCUGUGUUCGCAGCAUUUGGUAAUUCCAGAUCAGCAGCCUUUGAGCUGCCAUGGCUGGCAGCCUCUCAUAGGCCUGGCCCACUCCCUAUUGGCCUAACCCUUUUGAAAGCAGCUGUCAAGACUAGAACCCACCUUGAGAACAAGCUCUCCCUUCUCCCCAGCUAUUGUGGCUUUGACGGAUACCAACAAUGCCAUCACCUCCUCCUUGAGUGGGGAAACCACACCCAUAACAGCUGCCAUUCCCCAACCUUAACCCUGCUGCUUUUGCUCUCAAAAGGACACAUUCUCGGUGGCCGUCUCUUUCACCACGGGGAAGAUCGUCUACAUCUCAGAUCAGGCAGCCUUCAUCCUGCGCUGCAAGAAGGAUGUCUUCAAGGGGGCCAAGUUUGCAGAGUUCCUGGCACCGCAAGAUGUCAGCAUCUUCUAUGGGUCCACAGCGCCAUACCACUUGCCCUCCUGGAGCGCCUGCACCUCUGCCAGUAAGUGUUCUGGCUGUCUGGGGCUGAUGGGAUUUGUAGUCCAGAACACCCAGAGGGCCCCUGAUUGGCACAGGCAUCUUUAGAGAAUUGGGCUAAUCUGAAGUAGCAGGGGUGUUCAUUUUUUAUAGUUCCUCCCACCCCCCAAAUGGUACCUUUACGCCCUUUGCGGUGGCUGAGAAAUCCUCUUGCAUCUCGCCUCAGGUUUUAAAAAGAAGCUUCCCGGUUUCUGAAGCAGCUAAGAACUUGGCUCAUGUAAGGAACUGAGCAAAGGGCCAGAUUCCAGCUUGCUGCAGUUCUUAGCUAAUCCUUCAUCUGCCCCUUUCUCCCUCCUUCCCUCUUUGCAGCUGCAGCUGCCAUGGAUUACACCAAAGAGAAAUCGGUCUUUUGUCGUAUCAGGUGAGUUUUGUCUUCAUCAGAUUUUGAGGGAGGGGAAGGGAGCUGCGCUAAGUGGAAGGAAUGGUGGAGACCGAUUCCAGGAAGUGGUUCCUAAAUGAGGGUUCCUGGCACCUGUAUGGGCUGUUUAGCAGGAGACUCCAUCCUGAAAUGAUCCUGCCUGAUCCUUGUAGACCAAAGUCCUUGCUAUCUUUUCCUGCAGGGCAAACAGUUGCUAGUUUGAGCAGCGUUGCCUUCUUUUAGCCCCCCUUGAAAGUGUAGGCAAUCUGGGUCCUGAGGUGUAUGUAAAUUGGCAGAGGUUGCUUGUACUAGCGGCACAAAUCUGAUGUGGCAACAAACCAACCUUCAGGUGCGCCCAAAAGAACCAGGACCUGUGCCUCUUGUGUUUUGAAGAUCGCAGCAAUUGAAUUUUGCAAAGACGGAGAGAGAACACUGCCCCCCCCCCUUUUCCCUGCCUGUGUUUUCCCAUCUGUGAAAUGGCUUUGCCAUUGCCACUGCAAGGUAGCUACGGGGCUAUGGAUUUUACUGGAUGCUUAAACUUUUCCAGGGGGAAAAAAUCGAUUUAGAAAAUAAAGUGCAGAAAGAAGAUGCCCCACCUGAGGAGAGAGGGGAAAAAUCCCUCCUCUAGUCAGCUGGUGAGAGAAGGGGGGACCCCCCUCCCCCAGGUGUGACAUGGGUGACAGGUGGGCAGGAGGGACAUGGUGGCACUUGCAAGGUUCCCCACCUCUGGCCCCGUCACGGCUGCUGCUGUUCUGCUCCCUCCUGGUCGUCCUGGUCUCCUCUGGCCUCUGGUCUUAUUGCAGGCAUUUGUUUCUCAGCGGAGGCUACGAGAGUGGUCGCGGGCUGCGCUACUACCCCUUCCGGCUCACGCCUUACUUGACCAAAGUGCAGGACUCGGACAGCGCCGAGGGACAGCCCUGCUGCCUGCUCAUUGCUGAGCGCAUCCACUCGGGCUACGAAGGUAAGGGGGUGUCCAGGCGGGAGAGAGCAGGGCCUGCAGGCAGCCUCUGCAGCGCCCAUGCCAUGUCUCUGUGCCCCAUUUCAUUUUGCCCCAUUUUGCUGGUGGUGUUAGGAAUCCAUUCCACAAAUUAAAUUGCACCAUGCGCUACCGUGUCUGGCCACAUGAUGGCAGCAGAGGUUGGGCUGAAGGUGCUUGGGAAGCGGGGACCCUCUUAGCAUCUAGUCACAUGGGCCUUCCUUGUGCUUUUCCUCCACGCUAGGAAUGAGCAUCUCUCGCCUGCUGCUUAAACUCUCAGCAUCCUGAGCAAAAUUUAGUUUAACCCCUUUGAAAACCUGUUUGAAGAGAGGUGCAUAUAAUGGCACACAAGUUUUGUAUGCAUGCAAGCUUUAAAUCCUGCUCCUCCCAGUUUGGGCAGCAGAACUGUGUGCUUAAAUCCAGAUCUUCCUCAGCUGUGUGAAGAAGUGGGUUGGAGAGUAAAAUAGGGCAUGUAGCUGUGCGAAUGGCCUAGCUGCUCUGUUCUAUGUGAAACAUAGAAAAAGCCAAACAAGCCUCUUCCUAGGAUUGCAUGAGCAUGCAGUUCCAGUUUCCUCCUCUUCUCAAACAGUGCAUAUGCUCCUGUUAUCACCAAGACCAGGACAGCGGGAGAAAAGCAAUUGUGUUGUGCGUGCAAAAUGCCAAGCUGUCGUUAACCUGCCCGUGACCUAGAAGGUUGCAUGUCAAUUUUUCCCCUGAAGCCACUUAAAUUGUUUAGAAAAGCCAGGAUACCCAAGCAGCACAUUUUCCAUGGAGUAUGGAAAUGCAAAGUGGAGAAUUUAAUUUUGUAAUUUAAAAGAGGCAGGUUUUGCGUACCCAUAGGACAGGGAAUGCCACUCAUCUUCCAAACAGCUCAUCUGAAUUAUCCUAUGCUUUUCUCUUCAAGCUCCCAGAAUCCCUCCUGAUAAGAGAAUCUUCACCACUAGACAUACCCCCAGCUGCUUAUUUCAGGAUGUGGAUGAGCGGUAAGGAACUGGGAUUUAAAAAAUGGAGAUGGGGUGGUAUUUUGCGGAGGGUUGUGUGGGGAGGAAGACGAGUCCCUGGAAAGAGGUGCCAGGCUUUCCCUCCUGUGAGUGAGACUUGUCCUCUGUGAGCAUGUGCCUGCAGUGCUGAGCACGGACCCAAAACUUCCAUCAUCUGUGUGGGUGGGGCCUUCACAGGCCAGGAGGAGGAGGAUUUGACUUGGCCGUCCAUCUCGUCAGCUUAGCUAUGCACUCUGCACCUUUGGUUUUAUUUUUCUCUGGGGUUACAAGAACAGUACCAGUUCUUCAGAGUUGGAUGAUGCCUAUAACCUCUGCAAUGUUCAGCCUUUUCCCACUGACCCCUCGUGACCCCUCCUUGCUUUCUUUAUUUUCAGAGCUGCCCCUCUUCUAGGCUACCUCCCCCAGGACCUCAUUGGGUCCCCUGUCCUCUUCUACCUGCACCCAGAGGACCGGCCUCUUAUGCUGGCGAUACACAAGAAGAGUGAGUACCAAAAUAAAGGAGAGAAUGGCAGGGGGAGAUUUUUCUUUUAAAAAAAACCUGAUUGGAAGUUUCAAGCCAAUUGAAGCUUUCAGAUCCAAUUAAAAGCCUGUGUGCGUAGUGUCUUGCUAGCCUAUAGGGGGCUGUGGUUGCUAUCCCACCUCUCAUCCUCCCCUCCUUCCUUCCCAGUUCUCCAGUAUGGCGGCCAGCCCUUUGACCAUUCACCCAUACGCUUCUGCACCCGCAAUGGGGAGUACGUCACCAUCGACACCAGCUGGUCCAGCUUCGUCAACCCCUGGAGCCGCAAAGUCUCUUUCAUCAUGGGCAGGCAUAAAGUGCGGACGUAAGUAGCCAGAGCUCUCAGCCUGUAUGGAUGGGCAGGGUCUGUUUGCUUAUUUCUCUGUUCAUGUUCAUAAAAUAAAAUAAAAAUAGCAGAGGCUUAAUCAUUAUAGGAGAAAUGAGAGGAGGAGGAGGAGUGGGGUGCAGUUGACCGAAAUGGGGGAGACUCCGCUGGCCACAGGAACAGGGGGGAAAGGGGGCGAAGGCAGAAGGCACCGCAGGAGACCCUCCAGUGGGGAGGAGUGGGAAGCAGAGUGAUGGGUCUGGAAGAGGCGAUGGCUCGUAAUCAGAGGGUAAGACAGGAAAAGAGGCGGAUUCUGGGGAGGAGGGAAAUGGCCUUGUGGGAUGGCUGAGAGCUGGAAGCUCCCACCUCUUGAGGGAAGCGCACAUCCCACUAACUCUGUUCUCGCCUCCCAUGCUCUCUCCAGGGGCCCCCUCAACGAGGACGUCUUCACAGCCCCCAAAGCUCAGAAGGUGAAGCCUGUGGAGCUGGACAUCCAGGAGCUCUCAGAGCAGAUCCACCGACUCCUGCUGCAGGUAAAGAGCUCCCUCUUCUUACUCCACUUGCCCUCUCCUUCCUUCCUUCCUUCCUUCCUUCCUUCCUUCCUUCCUUGUGAGCUCCGCCUCCUCUUCCUCUCAUAUUCAAACCCUCCUCUCUUUCCUCCACUCUGCAGCCCGUCCACAGCAAUGGCUCCAUGGGCCUCUGCAGCAUGGGCAGCAAUGCUUCCCACGAGCAGUUCCUGAGCAUCGCCUCCUCCAGCGACAGCAACGGCAUCCCCAAUGAGGAGGCACAAGCUGUUCGGCCGGUGAGUUUAGAAAUGCAUGUUGAUUUUUUUUGGGGGGGGGAGUGUCCACUGAUGGGGGUUGUCUUAAGAUUCAUGCAAUGGGUGUUGGGUCUUUGCUUCCAUUUCCACAUCCACCUGGCAAAUCUCCCACCUAUAAAAUGGGCAUCAUCAUAAUGGCUUACCUGGUGGCAGAUUUUUACAUACCCCCUCAGAGAGUUUGAAAGUUUCACAGAGAGAGAAAUCUACUCUUUAGGGCAGUGUUUCUCAGCCUUUAAAAACCCACGCUGCCUUUUAGCUAAUGUAGAGAUCCCACACAUCCCUUCAAACCUGGCUCUCUGAUUGAAAUCCUUUGGCUUUUUACUGGGUGAGGUUGCGGUUUGGGCAUGCGCCUCUGGCUGCUGAGCAACACUGCUCUAGCUCAGACUUUCGCAGCCUGGUGCCCUCCAGGUACAUUGGGCUUCAGCUGGGGCUGAUGAGAGUUAGCAUCCAAAACACUUGAAGGGCAUCAGGUUGGAGAAACCUGCUCUAGAAAGGGUUCUGUAGAGGGUUCUCUCUUGGAGAGGAGAGCUUGGGGCUGACUCUGCUUCCCUCUUGAUCCCAGAUGACCUUCCAGGAGAUCUGCAAGGAUGUGCAUAUGGUGAAGAACCAGGGCCAGCAGGUCUUCAUUGAAUCCCGAGUCAAGCCCCAGCCUGCCAAGCAUUCCCGGCCAGGUGAGAUGGUUGACUGGCCCCUGCCCCUUCUUCCUGCUCAUUGUUCCCACCUUGAGGCCUGCUGACCUCACUCGGCCUCAUUGAUGUGGAUUUGGCCAAAGGACUUUUGAGGUUUCCUCCCUCUGUCUUGGCCCAUUUCUAGCGGCCGGGGGGGGGGGGGUGAGUUGAGGGAGGGGUGGUUUCCAUUGGCUGGGACAUUCUCAGAGCUGGGACAAGCAUGUUCUGGUGUGGCCUGGGAACAAAGUUUACUCUCCUUCUGUGGGUUGUGACCUUCUCUGUGUCUCUCCCCCACCCCUUUCUAGCUCUGAAAGCACCAGUCAGCUGCAACAGGCAGCCUCUGGAGACCCUGAGGGACUUGGAGAGGAGGCCAGCAAAGGCAGCCACCUCUGAGGAAUCAGUCAGGAAGGAGCCUUCCAACUAUUCAUACCAGCAGAUCAACUGCCUGGAUGGCAUCAUAAGGUGAGCGAGGUCUGCUGGGGAGCCACAACCAUGUACAAGGCAGCAAAUGUUCCCAGAACUACGGACUUUUGCAUGAGUUUGCUUAUUUCCUCCUCCUCCUCUGUUUAUUUUCCUUGUGUGUGUGUGUGCAUUUUUAUUUUUUUAGAUUGUGAGCCUGAGAACGGGCAUCUGUAGGGUGCUUUGUGAACCUUAGUGGCUGAAGAGUAGGAUUAAAAAUCCUAAAAAGUAAAUGAAAUGGAAAUAGCUGAGCCCUUCAGAGUCGUUUCACCACCAGAACGGGAAUGUGUUUCCUGGGAGGAAUAUUUUGCUCUUUGGUUAUUUAAGAAAGGGCAAAACUGCUUCUUAGACUGCAGCCUCAACUACCACUUACCUGACAGUAAGCCCCGUUGAAUUUAGCGGGUCUUACUUCUGAAUAGACAUGACUAGGAAGAUUGCACUGCAUUAGGUUGAGAUGCAGAGUAGGUGAAAUGAUGUUACGGAUUUCUCCCCUCAUUGGUGCUCAUGUAGCAACAUGCAACCUUUCAUAGAUUUCAUAGAACUCGUCACAGAUUCAUUUUUUAAGUGCUACCUGCUUAAGUGUUCUCUGAAGCGCUAAAGCUUCCUUACUUUGUGUCUCCUCCUGUAGUUUGAGACCAACAAAGCACUGUGUUUUCAGAUCGCCACUCCUAGUGGUGUGGAGUCCUUUCCUGAGUUUUCUCUUCCAACCCCCCUAGUAAUAAUUACAAUAAUGAUAAUAGGUUUUUCAUCUCUGUUAAUCUUAGUUUUCUGCCUUUCUCUUCUCCCUCAACAGGUAUCUGGAGAGUUGCAACAUUCCAAGCCGCGUGAAGCGAAAAUGCGGCUCUUCCUCUUACACCACAUCCUCAAAUUCCGAUGAUGACAAGCAGAAGGCAGGCGAGGAGCUGGCCUCUCUAAGCAAAGGUGAUUCUCCCCUCCUUUCUUUCCUCUACUUAGGUAUUAAUCAUCCCCCCUCCCCUGUUUUCCUGAGGUAUCAGUUUCCACCCUGCUUGCCAAGUGUACAGGUUGAUGCCCCUCCUCUUCCUCCUGUACCAAGUUCAUGUUUGUAUGCAAUCAUGGAUGCUGUGUGAGGUACAGGGGGCGGAGGGGUGUGUGUGUGUGUGUGUGUGUGUGUGUGUGUAGCAAUUGCAGGGUCUGCAGGUCUGUCCUCCAGGAAGCUUGAACUCCCCCUCCCCCUUGUUGGAUGCUGGCCUUGGCGUUCCACAUCCUGCGUGAUCUCUUUUCCCCCCCCUCUCUCCGUUCGUGGCGAGACCCCAGCCGGGCUGAUGAGCCCUUCGGCAUCUUGACGUCCUCUUGUGGUCGUGCCGGUCGGCAGUCUUGGACCCCCCGGCCCCCUCCCUCCCUCCCUGCCCCCUUACUCCAUGCUGCCGCCCCACCGCCAUGCUAACCCACCGUUGUCUCUUUGAACAGAUGCGCCGGAGGAAAUACUGCCGACCCCGGAGAGCCAGUCCAAGAGCCUAGAGGAACCUGGGACGGCAGCAGCUGCUGUGGUGGGAGGCCCACUCACUCCACUGGCCUUGCCUAGCAAAGCCGAGAGCGUGGUCUCUGUGACCAGUCAGUGUAGCUUCAGCAGUACCAUCGUCCACGUGGGAGACAAGAAGCCCCCCGAGUCGGGUAUGGGAGGUGGACACCGUGUUUUUCUUGGGGGGGCGGCGGUGCGGGGUUGCUGGGGGGCGGGGGGCUGGAACUGGAGGUGUGCUGUUCCUUUGCUUACAGCUUGACUCUGCUUCCGCGGGGCUGGCAAGCAGGUUCAAAGGAAGAUUGUCUUCACAUGGUGCAUAGUAGGCUAUUGGGGUCGCUCUGGCAGCCGUUUUGCAAAUGCAGCUGUGUAAAAGAAGGCCAGCCUAGACCCCAUGUGUUAAAAAAAGCAGGACCACGUCCCCGCUUCUUCCUCUUCUUCUCCCCCUGCUUGGGAGCUUCUGGCCAGUCGGCAGCAACAAUGAGAGGGCUUGAUUAGCUGGCCUGGUGCAGAUUCGAGACAGGAAGGCUAACCUUCCAUUUAGAGCUACAGAGUCGGCAGCUGGAUUGCAAAAUGAAGCAACGAGUGCCUUCUUCUGCUGACUUUUGCUGGCCACAAACUUGAUGGUGCUGGUGCUGGUUCUUGCCUUCCUCUGCUUUAGUCGGCUGCUCUUCCUUCUUUUUCUGCAGCCAGCCUUCAUUUUUGCUUGCGCAGGAGCCUGCAACAUUACCAGGAGAGCAGCAGAAAGGCUUUAUCUGGGUGACCCCAAAGGACCAUCUGCCUUGGAAGCCCAAGCCCCCAGGCUCAAUCUCCAGUGGCUUAUCCAAGUAGAGUUGAGAAAGAGCACUUCCAGUCAGCGUGGAGAGUACAAAGCUAGCUGGAUCCAGUGGUCUGACUCAGUAGAAGGCAGCCUCUUAAAGCUCCUACAUUUAGAUUUCUGCUGUUGCAAGCAGCCACCAUUUGGCAAGACAACCUCUGGAGAAAUCCCAGGCUCUUUUCACUUCCGUAGUUUGGUGUCUGUCUUGUCAGGCACCUCACACCCCGCUGCUGUCUCUCUUGUCAGUCUUGGGCAAGAUGGCUUGUUCUUUGCGCUUGGGGGGCAGCUGAAGAGACGAGAGAGGCAGGCAAGGCCUUUGCAAGUUUCAACCUCAGGAAGGGAGAGCAUUCCCUCCCCACCCUCCAAACAUGUCUCUUUCUAGUAGGGUUCAGGCAGUUUCCUUGCCAGCUUUCCUGCAAAAUUUGCAGCAUGUGGAUAGGCCCUGUGCUUGGCAUUGUCAUUGCACAUAUCCCUCCCCGCUUUUUGCUCACAUCUGACCCACCAGUUCCCUCACAUCAUUGUAGUGGUCCAGUCUGCUUUUUUACCUUGCACGACACGUGAGGCUUUAGGGUCAGGCAGGAAGGGGCCACUCCAUGAGACCUCAGGUUUCACUCCCCUGUGGAGGGGGGGGGGACAUUAUCCAUGACGAUGCACCCAUCCUUCUGAGGCCAGUUGAUUCCUUUUCACUAGCUGGGACAGCUCAGUCGGUGAAGCAUGAGAUCCUUGAUCUCAUGGUCGUGGGUUCGAGCCCCACAUUGGACAAAAAGAUUCCUGCAUUGCAAGAAGGGUGCUCCAGAACCUCGUGGCCCCUUCCAACUCAGGAUUCUACUAAUUCAAUUAACAUCUGGGCUUUCUGACAUAAUCCCCAGGAGGAGCAUGUCUUGCAGGGAUCCUUUCAUGGGAUCUCUAGAAACUGUCCCUGGAUGAGCAUUUCAGAGGCAAAUGCUUUCACCUCCUGAACAGCAAGGCGACAAUUCAUUCCUGGAAACCGCACAAGAAUCUUGGAAUAGGAAAUGCAGGGCUGUCAGGCAGAACCCUGUUUAUGAGGCCAUCUUGUGUUCAGUGCAUCCAAGCUUCCACGUUAUACAGGACUCUCCUGCAGGCAUAAAUGUUCAGACUGUGUGUGUAUGUGUGUGUAUAUUAUAGUAAUAAUUCUGUGCAUGAUUCAACGUGUGCUUCUGUGUGGAUAGAUAUCUAGGUAGAUGUUGCCCGCUCCAGCUGGUGUUCAGCUGGCAAACCUUUAUGGUGUUUAAAUCAAGGAAGGUUUAAGUAGGGACAGUGUCUUAACCAUCCUUUCUCCUCCCUUGAUGCAUUUUUCUCCAACUUGUCAAAUUCUCUAUAGAAAUAUUAGUCGCCCUACUUCCCCAAAAAACCAGCGCAAAAGUUGCAGCUUUUCUCCCCCCCGCUUAACCUGUGUAGAAGCCACAGAGAGUGGCUGGCAGCUGGAUUUGUAGCCCUCUUACAUCAAAGAAGAUUCUAACCUCCUUUUCCCACAAUUUAUUUCCUUAAUAUGUGGCAAAUUCAUAUGAGAGCUUAGCUCAGCUGGGGCUGUGCAGGGUAAAAUUAGGACCCGAGCUUUUUGUUGCAGAUUAAAAUGGAAAGGCAGAGGGACUUAUUCCCAGCAUGGCCUGGGAUGAUGGUAGAAAAAGAUGACUCAUGUCUGUUAGUGUGUGUGUUUGGAGGGGUUGAUCUAAAGAAAUGGGAGAUAUAAAUAAUGAGAACACAUAAAUACAGAGAUGUGCUGGGGAAAAGAAAAACAUCACACGGGGAGAAGGCAGUUGUGAUGGGCUAACCUGGUUCUCCCCCCCCCCUUUUUUUGUUCUCCUCUUGCAGAUAUCGUGAUGAUGGAGGAGGCAGCGCCCAGCGCGACCCCCCCUGCCCCCGCGCCCAGCGUCACCCCUGACCGGGAGGCGCAGUACCGCAAAGUGGGGCUGACUAAGGAAGUCCUGUCCAUCCACACCCAGAAGGAGGAGCAGGCCUUCCUCACCCACUUCAAGGACCUCAGCCAGCUGCACGUCUUCAACUCGCACUCGGGGCUGAGCUGGCAGGAGCUGCGCCAGGCGGGACCCCAUGCCAACGAGCGAGGUAAGCCUGGUGGGCAGGACUGGGAGGAGGAGGUGGAGGAGGAAGCAGUAGAAAGGGGGAAAGAAGAAAGAGAAAGGGGGUCCCUCAUUCUCACCCUGCCUUUUCCUUCUUCCGCAGGGCACAAAGGUCCCCGCCAGGCGUCCCGAGGCCCAGGCUGCCGCGGUCGGAGCCGGAAGUCGAAAGCCAAGCGCGUCAAGCAGAACAGGCUGGCAGAGAGCACCAGCUCCCCGCAGAGCUCCGUCUCCCCUCCCCAGCUGCCCUGCGCCCCCAGCUCCUCCUCCUGGCCCCCCUCUGGCAACUCCCAGGCCAGCCUUUCCGCCAUGCCGUACCCGGCUGUCAUGCCCACCUACCCCAUCCCCGUCUUCCCCCCGCGGCCGGCCGCGCCCCCGGUCACUGAGCCCUCCCAGAGCACCCUGGCUGCCCCCCAGUUCCCCACCCCGCUGGUCACCCCCAUGAUGGCCCUCGUGCUGCCCAACUACGUCUUCCCCCAGAUGCACGGCCCCAUGCCCCCGCAGCCCUACUUCGCCGCACCCCCUGUGUUCCCCUUCGCCCCUCAGCCAGGGAGCAUGCCCGUCGUCGUCCCCGAGACGGGCACGCAGGCCGCGUCACGCUCCUCCACCCCGCACUCGCUGAGUCAGCCCGAGCGGCCUGAGUCGCCUCUCUUUGAGUCACGCUGCAGCUCCCCGCUGCAGCUCAACUUGCUGCAGAUGGAGGAGAUGCCCAAGCUCUGCGACCGUCAGGAGGCCGCCGGUGGAAGCCAAACAGGGCCAGCUGGGGCCACCACCGACUGGGCCGUGGUGACGGGCGGGCAGAGCCUGGCGAAGGAACUCAGCACUCAGAAAGAAGCGUGCAUGGUGAGUCCCAGGGGACGGGGGGGCUGGCUUUCUCCCCUGGGGCACUGUCGGGCCCUUUGGAAGGGCAAACGACCCAACAUUUAUUGAUUUUUAAUUUAUGUUAUUUCACUUACAUCCCACCUUUCCUCUAAGGAGCUCAAGGUGUGACUCACAUAAUUCUCCCCCUUUCAUCUUCACAAUUACCCUGUGAGGCAGGCUAGGCUUAGAGGCAGUGGCACUGACUCCAAGGCCACCCAGUGACCUUUAUUGGACAAGUGGGGGUAUGGACCCUGGUCUCCCAGGUCUUAUUCCGACACUGCGCCACACUGGCUCUCCACACCACAAAAUCCAGGUGUUCGUCAUCUUUCCACUCAAGAGAGAACUGGGGAAACUGCUGGGGUUGGGAUUUUUUUGAGAGAGAAAGUCAGAGGGGGGUCUUCAGAUGAAGGAGCAGAGGUUCCUCUCCCACAAAGCGUUGAAAUCUGAGAGCCCUGGAAUGCGUUCAAUAAGAACAACGAACUUUCUCCUUGCAACUGAGGUCAGAGAAUGACGCCACAAAUUCCUGGAUCUCUCCUGCCCUUUCCCCCAUGGCUGUCGGGGCUCAUUCCUCGCAACCUCACCCCUUCUUCCCUACCCACCAGGGGGCUUCCCACACAAACUGGAGGAUCAGGGGGGGCAGCUUGGUUCCUCUUGGGAAUCUCCAAGCAGAAGGCCCCGGGUUCAACCCCCAGCAGCAUCUCCAGCUCAGGUUGGGAACGUUUCCUGCCUGAAGCCCUGGAGAGCGGCUGCCGGUCAGUGUAGUCAGUACUGAGUUAAAUGGAUGAAUGGGCUGACUGGAUCAGGCAGCCUCCUUUCUUUCCACCCCAUUGCUUACAUUUUGAAUUAGAUAUGGGGGCACCAACAUGUUUUAAGUGCUUAGGGCCUCUAAAAGUUUUAUCUGGCUGUGCUGUGCACGCUCUCUCUCCUGUGGUGGCUAAUGGAAUAGUGAGGUUGGAAAGGGUGUGAGAGCUGUUGAGGCAGGGACCUUCCUGCUUUGGGCCUCUGACCUAACCCUCCUGCUCCCCUGCCUCUUCCGCCCCUUGCAGGCAGAAGCGCACGACUCCUCCAACAACGAUGCGCUCUCCAGCUCCAGCGACCUCCUGGACCUGCUCCUGCAGGAGGACUCCCGCUCCGGCACGGGGUCGGCUGCCUCCGGGAGUGGCUCAGCCUCCGGCUCCAUGGGAUCCGGCUCCAACAGAGGCAGCACCUCCGCCAGCGGCACCAGUAAGUCUUACUCCUCCGGCGUGUGGUGUGGGUCUCAUGGAGUGAGGCUUUCUCUGUGAACUGGCUCAGUAUUGUCUCCACCAAGAUUUCCCAAAUUGGGGUCUCCUGCUGUUGUUAGACUACACUUCCCAUAAUCCCUAGCUAGUAGGACCCAGUGGUUAGGGAUGGUGAGAAUUGUAGUCCUAAACAGCUGGCUUGGGAAACGGUCUACACAACACCUGACGGCGGUGGAUGGCUCUGUAGGGUUUCAGGUGGGGUAUUACCUGGCGAUACCAUUUAACCCAGGAUCCCCUAUGCACCAGCACGUGCUCUGCUGCUGAGCAGGAUGAGCACAGUGGCCUUCUUGCACUUGUGAUCCCCAGAGACUGGUAUUUGGAGGCACGCUUGCCUCUGAUUAUGGUAGUUCGUCCUCUCUCACUACCAACUUCCAGGAGGAAUCAAAGAACAUCCCUGUUUACCCAGGCCAGUUAUAUGCUAUUGGGAAGUCCUCAGCACAGGAACUUGCCUUAUACCAUGUCUGGCCAUUGGUCUGUCUAGCUGACUGCUGCUUCCCCUGACCAGUGGCUGUCCAGGGUUUCAGGCAGGGAGUCUCUCCCAGCCCUGAAGAUGCCAGGGCUUGAACUUGGGACAUUUUGCAAGUAGAGCAGACACUGAGCGCCAGCCCUUCAGUGCUGGUGGAUGGGAGAAGCAAAGCUGUUGAGCUGAGCAUGAAGGCAGCAGGUUCUCUGGGUCCCUACACUUGUCCUCAAAGGAGAAAAUGGUGCCCCCUCCACCUUGCAUGGCGAUAUUCUUAGCACGUCCCAAAUGUGAGGGUUUGAGAGCUCCCGAGUGGCAUGGCGGCCCGAUUGGUCACAUGUGCUGACGCUCCUUUUGGGUUUCCUGAUUGUGUCUUGACCGGCUCCUCUUCUCUCCCAGCGAGCAGCAAGAGCAGCGGCACCAGCAAGUACUUUGGAAGCAUUGACUCCUCCGAGAACGACCUGCGGGGCAAGAAGCGGGCGGAGGUGGAAGACAACGAGCACUUCAUCAAGUACGUCCUGCAGGACCCCAUCUGGCUGCUGAUGGCCAACACCGACGACAAGGUCAUGAUGACCUACCAGCUCCCUGCCAGGUGAGGAGGCUGAGCUGCUCCCAGGCAGAUCCCCUUUCCCAUGUCGCCAUGGAGGUUGCCAGGCUGUGACUGCCUAUGGUGGGCACUUCCCUUCCAGGCCUUGUGCUGCUUGUUGUCUCUUGACCCAGAAUCCCUUCACCCCAGCAGAGGAGGGUACUCAAUGGGGCAGGGUUGUUGCGAGUGCCAAUGAAAGAGAGCUGGCUUUUGUGUUUUGUUUUCAUGGGUAGUUUAAUACCCAAAGCAGUGGGUGAAGAGACUUAAAGCUUUAAGGGGAAGAUUUUAGCUUGCUCUGUCUCUUUAAAAAAAAAAAAGGCACUGGGGCCACUUCCAUUCAUUCUGGCCUCAUAGCCAGGAGGAUUUGGGCUCCAUUUCCCUCCCUCUCGCUGCCCACUGCGCCUCUUUCCUGACCCAUUUGUCCGCUUGCCCUUUGCCAGGGACCUGGAAACUGUUCUGAAGGAGGACAGGGAAAAGUUGAAACAGAUGCAGAAGCGGCAGCCGCGAUUCACCGAGGAGCAGAAGAAGGAGCUGGCCGAAGUUCACUCCUGGGUCCAGAAGGGGAACUUGCCAAAGGCUAUCAACAUCACGGUAAGGAGUGUGACGGGCGGUGUGUUUGGAGUGAACAGCGCAGAAACCAGAAUGGUGUCUGUGUGCCGUUUAGCGAGCAUGGGUGCUUUUCUAUAGGCAGGAGAGUUCUCAAACUUUGUGUGUGCAUCUAAUGAUGAGAUUGAGUGGUUCUGUUCCUACAGCAGCCUAGAUUCCUCAUAAUUGUGUCCCUAAUGGCAACCCGUAAGGGAACGUCUGCGGGGCAGUGAGAACAAGUCCCUAGACUUUGCAUAUGAGAUGAGGGGGCUCUCCCAGAUCAUCGAGUGUUGUCCAGCUGCUCACCAUCUUCCUUUUCCCUCUCUUUGAACCCCAGGCUUGCAUGGACUGCGGGAGCAACCCUUCCUCCAAAGUGGCCCCUCUCUACGACGUCGAGAUUCAAGACAUGGACUUGAACGGCAUGUUGGAGCCCAUGGAGGAGGGCAGCAGCGCGGGACAGGGGUGCCUGCCCUCCUUGCCCCCCGAAAUGGCCAUGGACGAAGAGGAGGCUGGGGCGGAGAGAGGACAGCAGCAGCAGCAGCAACAACAACAACAGCAGCAGCCGCCAACUCCAGCCGCGGAAGUGGUGCAGGACUCAGGCUAA